UGCUGAGGUGACAUUACGUAAUCCUCAUCAACACGUUCUCAACAUGAGCCGUGGACACGUCGACGGCUUCAUUGUGUCCAGUGUGACUCUGAAUGUCCUCUGGGACAGUCUGAGGACAAUGAGGUUCAGAUUGUGACUGGGGACAGACAUGGGGAACGGGAUCACCAAGAUCCUUCCAGACCUCUACCUCGGGAACCUUAAAGGUGAGCUGUCGAUCGUCCCGUCAUAUGCUCGGGACCGGGAGCUGCUGGCUCGGCACAACAUCACCCACAUCCUGUCCAUCCAUGACACUGCCUCCCCCGUCCUGGAGGAGAUGACGUAUCUCUGCAUACCCGCUGCCGACCACUCGAAGCAGAACCUGAUUCAGUUUUUCAAAGAGAGCAUUGAGUUCAUCCACGAGUCCCGGCUGAAGGGGGAAGGAUGCCUCGUGCACUGCCACACCAGACAAGCCGCCACUCGGCUGUUUUCUUUCAAACGUUCGAUGAAGAUUUCCUCCAGCUUUCAUCUCUGCUCAUAUCAAACCAGCAAACGGGUUUCACUUCUUCAAAGAGCUGCGUGCGAGGAGGAGUCACUCACUGUGGGGGUCUGUGUCCUCAGCGUGGCGGGGGUAUCCCGCAGUGUCACCCUGGUGGUGGCCUACAUCAUGACGGUGACAGGGCGCGGCUGGGUCCAGGCCCUGGGCGCCGUCAGGGCGGCGCGGCCCUGCGCCGGGCCCAACCUGGGCUUCCUGCGUCAGCUGGAGGAGUUCCAGAACACGGAGCUCGCACAGUAUCGAGCCUGGUGGUCGGAGCGGUUCGGGAAGAGCCCGUUCAGUGACGACGACGAGAUCCAGAACCUUUUGAAUCAUAAAUCUGCAAAUGGCAGAAGUGCGACUGACACAGCCACGGCUGCUGAUCUGGGAACGGCCGGAACGUGAGGAGACCCGUUCAGGGUGGAAGUCAGGGAGCCGAGGACCAGAGGAGCUGGAAUGACGGGAACGACGGAAUGGAAAAGCCUCUGUUGAACGGUGUGUGUGUGUGUGUGUGUGUGUGUGUGUGUUAUCUCCGUCGUUGGCUCUCCUCAUCGUGCUUCUAACUGUCAAAACAACAUGCAAGGGCAGCCAAGCGUGACCCCAGAGACACACAGAACACACACUUAGCCGCGUUCUCGCCCCGCUGGGCGCCUACUGCUGGGCUCUUCUGACAUCAGGAGCGCUGCGUUCUGUAAACGCCACAGAAACUCCUCACUUAGCAGUCAAACAGACACGUUUCUCCUUUAGCUGUGCUUUGAAGUUUGAUUUUGUUGUUUUCUUGUUUUGAAUAAAUUACCUGAGCUGAGA